UGUCUCAUAAUCAAUGGAGCUCCAAUCCUCCUCUCUUCUCCUAUUCAUUUCCAUCUCACUCCUCAUCUUUAGAGUCCUGAAGAUAGGACUAUGGUCCAAAUCGAAUCGCCUGAACCCGAACCUUCCUCCCGGACCGUGGAAACUACCCAUCAUAGGGAGCUUGCACCAUUUGUUCGGGCCUCUGCCCCACCGCGCGCUAAGAAACUUGGCCAGAAAAUAUGGGCCCUUGAUGCAUCUUCAGCUCGGGGAAGUUACCCUAAUUGUAGUUUCUUCACCUAAACUUGCUAAAGAGGUGAUGAAAACGCACGAUAUCAACUUUGCUUCCAGGCCAAAGGUUCUUGGCCCGAGGAUCCUGACCUACGGCUGCACAGGCAUUAAUUUCUCACCGUACGGGGAGUAUUGGAGGCAACUCCGAAAGAUUGGCAUGCUGGAGCUAUUCAGCACGAAAAGGAUCCAAUCUUCCAGGUGGAUCAGAGAAGAAGAAGCAUCGAAGCUCAUUCAACGGAUCACGUCGAACGUGGGAUCGCCAAUCAACCUCACGGAGCAUUUAUUUUCACUAGCUUACACCAAUAUAUUUAGAACAGCUGUUGGUAGGAAAAGCACCCUUCAAGAUCCGGAGAGAUUCGUCAAGCUGAUCAAUGCGGCACUUUUGGCAGGCAGUUUUGCUAUCGAGGAUACAUUUCCUUCAUACACUUUCCUUCGCUUCAUCAGCAGGACCAGAUCUAAAGUUGAGAGACUGCACCGAGAAAUUGACAGUAUACUGGAUAACAUCAUCACUGAGCAUCGAGAGGCUGGAAUAAAGACGACCGGGACAGAUGAAGAUAGGGAGGAUCUGAUCGAUGCUCUUUUGACAUUUGAGAAGCGUGACAAUCAAGGAUUUUCCCUAAGCACGAGCAACAUCAAAGCAGUGAUCUUUGAUCUUUUCGCUGCUGGGGGCGACACACCUCAAGCCACGCUAGAUUGGGCCAUGGCGGAGAUGAUAAAGAACCUGACGGUCCUCGAGAAGGCACAAGCCGAGGUGAGGUGGGUUUUCAAAAGGCAAGGGGGAGUUCGGGAAGAUGGUCUAUCCGAUCUAAAGUACUUGAAGUUGGUCAUAAAAGAGGUGCUAAGACUCCACCCGCCUGUCACCAUGCUGCUUCCGAGAGAGUGCGGAGAAAGAUGUGAGAUUAACGGGUUCGAGAUACCCGAGAAAGCUACGGUGCUUAUCCACGCGUGGGCCAUUGGAAGAGAUCCUGAGUAUUGGGACGAACCAGAAACAUUUGAUCCCGAGAGAUUCCUGAACAGUCCAAUCGACCACAGGGGUAAUAACUUUGAAUACAUCCCGUUCGGGGCAGGAAGGAGGAUGUGCCCGAGCAUGAAUCUCGGGCUCGCCUUCGUGGAAUAUCAGCUCGCGACUCUUCUGUAUCAUUUCGACUGGAAACUGCCUGAUGGAAUGAAGAAUGAAGACCUAGACAUGACGGAGACGUUCUCCGUGGUUAUUAGGAGGAAGCAUGAUCUGUAUUUAAUCCCCACUCCUUACCAUCCUUAAUUUCCCAGUAUGUACGAUGUCAUUUCAAUGUCAAUGCUUAGGUAAAUAGUAUCAUGUAUAAUGACGGAAUUGAAGUAGCUUGAAGUUGAUCUUACGGUCCGUAGAAAUAUGUAAUGGUUCUGUGUGCAUGUAUUUCUGAAUUUUACUAAUGAAUUAGCAAGUGAAUUUUGUUUAGGGAA